AUGCCCAAAGUUGGUCUCAUCCGCCGUGUCUGCUCUACUUGCAAAUUCAAAUGUAUUGCGCUUAAUACUAUGUUGGCACAUUAUGCAUCCAAACCAUUACAUUGCAAAUCAUUUCGUAUAAAACGAGAGUUGGAAAAGUUUAUUCUUAUCAAUCAUCACCAAUUUCGAAAACGGAAAUGCAGGUGCGCACACCGAAACCGAGAUAUGUCAUUAUCACCCUCUCUUUCAACGAUAACAGAAGAUUAUUAUGGUGACAGUGAGUCAAUGGCUAGUCGUGUAUUUAAUGAAAGUACAGCUUGUAGUAAUGAUGAGUCUGAUAGUUUAUCAGUUAACGAUGAACAUUCUAUAAUCCAGCAACAACAACAAGAUGACGAUAUGACUGUGGACAGGGAUUCCAGUACAACAUCAGUUGGCGAUUUAUAUAUAGAGGAGCAUUUCGAUAAAGUCGUCACAAUUGAUACCUCCUCUUUUCAACUCAAUGCUAUACUCGUGGACAGCGAUACCUCCAUGAGCGUUGACCAUGAUGAGAAUAGUAAUAACAGCGACAACAUAUCAGUAUUAGCCAAUUCAAAAGACUCUCAUCCAAGCUCAAAUACAAGUACUGAUAGUAGUACUGGGACAACUACGAAUGAUCAGGAACAAAUAAAUACAGAGGUUUUGUAA